AACGUGACUUUCUAUCCUUUCCCACUCCAUCUAAAACUUCAAAAUGUUACUCUCAUCAAAAGUCAUCGCCCUAACAGGCGGAGCCUCAGGCAUCGGGCUCGCCACCGCCCAUCUCCUUGCGAGUCGGGGCGCUAUCAUAUCAAUCGCGGACGUCAACAAAGAAGCACUCGACGUAGCCGCAAAUGAGAUCCGCACGAAACAUGGCGCUGAGGUUAUGUCUAUGGUUGUGGAUGUCAGGAAACCGGAGCAAGUGGAAAAGUGGAUAAAGAGUGUUGUAGGGAAGUAUGGAAGGCUAGAUGGCGCGGCAAAUUUGGCCGGGGUUAUUGGAAAGUCUAUCGGCGUAAAAGGCAUAACCGCCCAAGAUAUUUCCGAAUGGGAUUUCAUCAUGGACGUCAAUCUCAAAGGCGUCAUGCUCUGUCUUAAAUCCCAACUUCAAGUUAUUUCUAAAGGUGGAGCCAUUGUCAAUGCGGCAAGUAUUGCGGGGUUGCAAGGCCGCCCAAAUAAUGCGGCUUAUGCGGCGAGCAAACAUGGCGUUAUUGGGCUAACGAGGAGUGCGGCGAAAGAGGUGGGUGCGAAAGGCGUGAGGGUGAAUUGUAUCUGUCCUGGAUACAUUGAAACUCCUAUGAACGCUUCUGCACGAGCGAUAGCCGAAAGCAGUGGAACGGGGGAGGAUAAGCAUCGGAACUCUGAAGCUAUGGGUGUGGCGUUAAAGAGAAGUGGGAAGGCGGAGGAGGUGGCGAGUUUGAUCGCCUUCUUGCUUGGUGAUGAGAGUAAGUUUAUCACAGGCGCGAGUUAUAGUAUUGACGGCGGGUGGAAUUGCUGA